AGCGGGCGGCGCAGGCUUGCAUUUUUCGAGUUUUGCUAAUUUGGCAGCCUCGUCAAACGUCAAAAACAGCAAAUAGAUAUACUGUGCGAGGAAAAAAUUGUACGUAAAAUUUUUGUUAUUCUCGGAAUAAUUCCUGCUCCAGGGUGUUUUCCCGCAUAGGACGUAACUAACGAUGCUACGAGCGCCGUUAACAAGGGCACUAGCGCUUGGUGCGCGUUGUCCGACAUCGCCAGUCCAUGCCGUCCGGACAGCGGCAACGACUCCGGCUAAGCUGCCGGAGAAAAUCGAAGUGUUUGUGGAUGACAAGCCAGUGAUGGUGGAACCCGGAACCACCGUACUGCAGGCGGCUGCUCUUGUAGGGGUGGAAAUACCUCGCUUUUGCUACCACGAACGGUUGGCCGUCGCAGGAAACUGUCGGAUGUGUCUGGUAGAGGUGGAGAAGUCCCCCAAACCGGUGGCAGCUUGCGCGAUGCCGGUGAUGAAGGGAUGGCGCAUCAAGACGAACUCCGAAAUGACCCGUAAGGCUCGGGAAGGUGUAAUGGAGUUCCUGCUGAUGAACCAUCCGCUGGAUUGUCCGAUUUGCGAUCAGGGAGGCGAAUGUGAUUUGCAGGAUCAAGCGAUGGCGUUUGGUUCGGAUCGGUCCAGGUUCACCGAUAUCGAUCAUAGUGGAAAGCGUGCCGUUGAGGAUAAGGACAUUGGACCGUUGGUAAAAACCAUCAUGACCCGUUGCAUCCAUUGUACGCGCUGUAUUCGAUUUGCUUCCGAGAUUGCUGGAGUGGAUGAUCUGGGAACGACCGGUCGUGGAAACGACAUGCAGAUUGGAACGUACGUCGAGAAACUGUUUCUUACCGAGCUGUCUGGUAAUGUGAUUGAUCUUUGCCCUGUCGGGGCGUUGACAAACAAGCCUUACAGCUUUGUUGCUCGGCCGUGGGAGAUCCGGAAGAUUGAGUCGAUUGAUGUUUUGGACGCUCUCGGUAGUAAUAUUAUUGUUAGCACACGCACCGGUGAGGUGCUCCGUAUUUUGCCCCGUGAGAAUGAUGAAAUUAACGAGGAAUGGCUAUCGGACAAGUCCCGAUUUGCUUGCGAUGGUCUUAAGCGUCAGCGAUUGAUUGCUCCGAUGUUGCGCAAUCCGAGCGGAGAGCUGGAAGCGGUUGAAUGGGAAUCGGCUCUGAUUACUAUCGCUCAGUCACUUCGCAGUGCUCCGAAGGGAAAGAUUGCCGCUGUUGCCGGUGGGUUGGCCGAUGCAGAGGCUUUGGUUGCUUUGAAAGAUCUCCUGAAUCGUCUCGGAUCGGAAACAUUGUGCACCGAGCAAAAAUUCCCUACCGAUGGAUCGGGAACCGAUUUCCGUUCAAGCUAUUUGUUGAAUUCGUCGAUUGCCGCUUGUGAAGAGGCCGAUUUGGUGCUACUGGUCGGUACGAACCCACGCUACGAGGCUCCGCUACUAAACACGCGACUGCGCAAGGGUUACGUUCACAACGAGCAGAAUAUCGCUUUGAUUGGACCGAAGGUUAAUUUGUCCUAUGAGUAUGAGCAUCUUGGAAAUGACGCUUCCUUGGUUCGCGAUAUUGCCUAUGGCAAUCAUCCAUUUGCCAAGAAACUAAAGGCCGCCAAAAAGCCGUUGAUUAUUGUUGGUGCGGAUAUGUUGGCUCGAAAGGACGGAAGUGCAUUCGCAACCGCUCUUCAUGUGUUUUCUAACUCCUUGACCCCUGCGGAUCCCAACUGGAAGGUCUGGAAUGUGCUGCAGACAACCGCAGCCCAAACGGCGGCCCUGGAUGUUGGUUAUACUCCCGGAGUGGAAGCCGCUAUCAGUGCAGAACCAAAGGUGCUGUUCCUGUUGGGAGCCGAUGCCGGAGCUAUCAAGAAAGAGCAGCUACCGAAGGAUUGCUUCGUCAUAUAUCAGGGCCAUCACGGAGAUGCGGGUGCUCAGUUGGCUCAUGCCAUUCUACCGGGAGCAGCUUACACCGAAAAGCAGGCCACCUACGUCAACACGGAAGGUCGUGCCCAGCAAACCCUGGUUGCUGUCACUCCGCCUGGGUUGGCACGUGAAGACUGGAAGAUUCUGCGUGCCCUUUCGGAAGUUACUGGUGCUCCUCUACCGUACGACACCCUAGAUGACCUACGAUCACGCAUGGAAGACCUGGCUCCCCACCUGGUGCGAUAUGGCCGGCUGGAGAAGGCGAAUUUCUUCAAAACUGCUGAAGAAAUGCUGCGCAACGCAGCGGUUCACUUCGAUGCCAGCAAGAUCGAUGUCAGUCAGAAAAAGUUGGAGGAUUUCUUUAUGACCGACCCGAUUACGCGAGCAUCGCCCACGAUGGCCAAGUGUGUAACGGCGGCCAAAAAGCAAGCAGCUCAAGCUGCUAAUUAGAACCGUUCGAACAUGUUAUAUAAUUAUCAAUCCGCUAAUGGUUGACAAAGUACAUUUGAAUAAAAUAUCUAAAAAUAUUAGGUGCGAACAAUUGAACGAUUAUGCGAUGUGCCCUGGAAUGUGAGGAACACAGGAAGGAUGAUUUUAAUAAUAUUUUCAAGCAAUUACGUAUAACAACUAGAGGCACCAUGUAUUAAAUUCAAUCGUAACUUUGUUCAAUAAAUAUGAAACAUUCAGAGACUUACAGAGUUA